AAAAAAAAAGAGCAUUUAUGAGUGAAGGGAGAGAGAACCUCACCUUGAAGCUUGAGCUCCUACAAAGCUCACUAUAGUCAUGGCCUUAUCUUCUCUUAAUUCUCCUGCAAUCGUCACUGCUUCCCAAUUCUCCAUUAACUUACCGAUCCCCAAGCUCACCUCCACCUCCACCGCCACCGCCACCGCCACCUUGUACUCCUUUUCCAAACCCACCAAUUUCUUGAACCUUUCAGGCAAUGAUAACUCAAGCAUUGAUAAGUGGAGAGCUAAAGUUUCUUUCUUUCCUGCCUUCUUGAAAAAGGGCAAGGAUGCUAAGGUCCUCAAAGAAGAGCUUCUUGAAGCUAUUGCUCCUCUUGAUCGUGGGGCUCAGGCUACUCCAGAAGAUCAGCAGGCAGUUGAUGAGAUUGCUCGCAAACUUGAAGCAGUUAAUCCGACAAAGCAGCCACUCAAAUCUAAUUUGCUAAAUGGGAAAUGGGAGCUUAUUUACACUACUUCACAAUCAAUUCUGCAAACCCAGAGGCCGAAAUUCUUAAGAUCCAUAACAAACUACCAAGCAAUCAAUGCGGAUACACUUAGGGCACAGAAUAUGGAGUCUUGGCCAUUCUUCAACCAGGUAACAGCAGAUUUAACACCUUUGAAUGCGAAAAAAGUUGCUGUAAAAUUUGAUUUUUUCAAGAUUGCAGGUCUGAUACCGGUUAAGGCACCUGGAAGAGCUCGUGGUGAGUUGGAAAUUACAUAUUUGGAUGAAGAACUUCGAAUUUCCAGGGGUGACAAAGGAAAUCUUUUCAUCUUGAAGAUGAUCGAUCCCUCUUAUCGUGUACCUGUCUGAUGCGUUCGUCAGGUUGUGGCUAGUCAAUGAUAAGAAUGAAAAGCUUACCGCAGAUUUUGCUCAGACAUUCCUUGGCCUGCAUUUGUUGUAUAAAUAUGAUAAGAAAACAGUUUUGCUUGUUAGCUAUUUUUUCUCAGGCCUGCAAGUUUUUACACAGACAUUUGCAGACUGUUUUCCUGUAUAUAUAUGGACCAUAAUGAAGUUACAAAAUUCUUUGUCGCUAAA